AUGGCGGACAGCGACACCGAGACUCAGGAUGACUACUACUCGGUUCUCGGGAUCUCCAGCGCGGCCUCUGUCAAGGACAUCAAGCGUGCCUUCCGCGUCAUCGUCAAGGAUCACCACCCAGACAUCUCCAUGGACGAGGAGGCCACCGACUUUCAGAUCUUCCUCAAUGAUGUUUACGAGACGCUGAUGGACCCGGAGAAGAGGGCAGAGUACGAUGCGAUCUCGGGGUUCAGCUGGGCGGCACCAACCCCUUCCGCGACGUGCAUGCUGAGCGCGACCAGGUGUUCGUGGAUGAGUUCUCGUGCAUCGGCUGCCGCAACUGCAACAACGUCUGCCCCCCGGACCUUUGAGAUGGAGGACGAGUACGGCCGCGCCCGAGUGGUCGACCAGGGCCUGGACACCGUGCCCCGGGUCCAGGAGGCCAUAGACACCUGCCCCGUGUCCUGCAUCCACUGGGUGUCGGAGGGGCAGCUGGCGCUGCUGGAGGUGACCAUGUCGCGCAUGGAGCGGGUGGCUGCCUGGCUCAUCCUGACUGGCGGGGGCAAGGGCACCAACAUCGACGUGUUCAACGAGGCCAGCGGCGCCUGGGAGAAGCGGCAGGCCGAGCUGCGCGGCGCCGCACAGCGCAGCGAGGUACAUGGCGGACGAGUACUGUCCAAACUCAACAACCACGUCAUACCCUGGCUGUUCUCCCUGGGCCUCCUGUGCUACCUCGACCGAACCACCCUCAGCUUCGGUGCCAUACAGCUCAAUCAUGACCUGGGGUUCGACUGUGCGACCUAUGGCUUCGGCGCUGGCAUAUUCUUUGUGGGCUACGCCCUCUUCCAGGUUCCGCUGACCCUGGGGCCCCAGCGCUUUGGCAGCCCCGUGUGGCUCACUGGCCUGUGCCUCCUGUGGGGGGUGGUCACCGCCGGCUCCGCCUUCCUCAUCCGCGGCCCGCUGUCCUUCUACCUCCUACGCUUCACGCUGGGCCUGGCGGAGUCCAGCGCCUUCCCCACCAUGUGGUACCACCUCUCCCUUUUCUACUCCCCCGCCGAGAUGGGGGGCGCGUACGCCAAGGUCUCCAUCUGCACCAGCAUCGCCCAGGUGCUGGGCGCCCCCCUGUCCGCCGGCAUCCUGCGCAUGAAUGGCGUCCUGGGCGUGCACGGCUGGCAGUGGCUCUUCUUCCUGGGAGGGGGAGCCACCUUUUUCUUCGCCAUCUUCCUUUGCAUGUUUCUGGCCCGUGACCCGCGGUCGGCCUCCUUCCUGACCCCGGAAGAGGCCGGGUGGCUGGACGCGCGGCAGGCGGCGAGCGCCCAGGCCAGCUCCUCCCAUCCCAGCAAGCUGCGAGCCAUGCUCGACGUGGCACGGGACUGGCGGGUGCUGUACCUGGCCGGCGUCUGGCUGCUCACCGCCUGCGCCAUGUUUGGCAUCAUGUUCUGGGCGCCGCUCCUCAUCUCCGACAUGUUCAACGCCGGCUCGGCCGCUGCACCCAAGGAAGAGGGCGCCAGCUGUGGAGGGGGGCACCACGCCGUCGCGUCCACUUCCACCGUGGCGCUCCUCACCACAAUGCCAUAUGUGGCUGCCUCCCUCGGCUCGCUGGCCAAUGCCAGGCAUGCCGAGGUGAGGAACGAGCGCCGCCUGCACGCAGCCGUACCUCUGGUCGCCGGCGGGGUGCUGCUCGCCGCCACCUUGCCCGUGCACCGCACCCUGGGGCCGGCAGCCGGCUUUGCCUGCCUGGUGAUGGCCGCUGGGACCGUGUGGAGCUUCCAUGGCCCCUUCUUCACCUGGCCGGCCGUCUUCCUCAAGGGCAGCGCCGGGGCAGCAGCGUUUGCACUGAUCAACUCUGUGGGGUCCAUGGGUGGGUUUGCCGGGCCCUACCUCAUCGGCACUCUCUCCCAGCGCCUGGGUGGGUACGGGGCCCCCAUGGCGCUGCUGGGGGCACUGCUGGUCAUCAGCGGCAUAGCCCUGCUGUUCUACCCGGUGCCGGGCUGCACACCAGGGGGGCCGGGCCUGCUGGGGGCGCGCGGCAGUUUCAAGAUUGACCGGCUCAAGCUGCUGGACGACCACUUCCUUUGCCGAGUCACGCCCAUGUAG